AUGAGUGAACGUAAAGUUUUAAACAAAUACUUUCCACCAGAUUUUGAUCCAGCUAUUCCAAGAAGGAAACAACCUAAAGAUGCUCAACAUAAGGUGCGUCUUAUGACACCAUAUGCUAUGAGAUGUGAAACAUGUGGUGAUUAUAUUUAUAAAGGAAAAAAAUUUAAUGCACGCAAAGAAACAGUUGAAGGAGAGUCGUACCAUUCAAUUAAAAUAUUUCGAUUUUACAUUAAAUGUCCCAGAUGUUCGGCCGAAAUCACAUUUAAAACAGAUCCAAAAAACACAGAUUAUGUUGCUGAACAUGGAGCGUCUAGAAAUUUUGAACCGUGGCGUGAAGAAAAAAUUGCUGAUGUAGAAUCUAAAUUACAAAAGGAAAAGGAAGAAGAGAAUAAUCCCAUGAAAGCGCUUGAAAAUCGUACAAUGGAUUCAAAAAGAGAAAUGGAUAUUUUGGAUGCUUUGGACGAAAUUAGAACAAGAAAUGCUAGAAAUGAAAGAGUGGAUGCCAAUGAGUUGUUGGAUAAAUUGGUUGAGGAAGAAGAAGUAACAAGUAAAACUGAACAGGAAAUUUUAGAAGAACAAGAUGAACAAUUGGCAAAAUCAAUUUUUAAUACGGAUCAUACAAAAAAAAUAAUCAAUGAAGAGCAACAUAUGAAAAAUUUGUUAUCUGAAGCCAGAAAAUCUUUAAUAUUGCCCACAUUUGGAACGAAUAAACCUGGCAGCACUAGGAAUACUACUGGUAGUAUCUUUGACAGCAACAGAAACAACAAUAUAAUUACAAAAAGAAAAUCUAGUAGUUCAGAUCUUGGUAUUAUUGUAAAAAAGAGAAAACCAGAAACUUAG